AUGGCGUUGACGUGCAGACAGAUGUUGUUAAUGCUGGGAAUGUUGGUUACCGGCAGUAUCAACACAAUCACCAAGAAAGCACAGCUCCAGUGUGUAACUGAGGGAUUUUAUUACAAGGAUGACAACGGCACAUCAAGUAAACCGCACAACUUUAACCACCCCUGGUUUCAGACUUGGCUCAUGUUUAUCGGAGAGAGCACUUGCCUGCUUGGACUGUUUUUUGCACGCCGCUCGGAAAAUAAAGAGCGAGAGAAAGUGAUUGCUUGGGCAGCUAAAGUCGGACAUGAACCACCAGGUCCACUUACACGUCCCAGAGUCUGGCAGUGGAUCUUGCUGGUGCCGACAUUCUGUGACCUUCUGGGGACGUCGCUGGCCGGGAUUGGUCUCAUCUACAUCGAUGCGUCUGUUUGGCAAAUGUUACGUGGAGCAAUCAUCAUCUUUGCUGGGAUCUUGUCUCGAGUAUUUCUCAAACGGAAACUGAAAUACAUCCACUGGUUGGGUAUGGUAGUCACCAUGCUGGGUCUGGUGCUUGUCGGCUGCUCCAGUGUUUUCAAAAAUCAUAGUUCCCAAGGAAGCAAGGCCAUCAUAGGUAUUGUUCUGAUCUUGGCGGGCCAGCUGGUCAGUGCUAGUCAAAUGGUCAUCGAAGAAAUGUUUCUCAAGAAAAAGAAUUUUCCACCUUUGCAG